UUAGUGGACCGGCAGCCAGCGCUCUUGCCGUGCACUCUGCUUCCUCUCUUCGGAUUGGAUUUGUUCGAGUUCAACGUAUUACUUAAAAUGGCAUCGCACUCCCUACUGGCGGCUCUGGUGUGGAUGGCAGCAGUAGCCGUGGCCAGUGGCACUCCUCAUUUCUUGGAGCCUUCCUUCGUCGGCCACGUCAGCAGUGCCACAACUGCCUUUACAAACGCAUCGGCAUCGCGUUCCCAAGUUCAGGCGAAGAGCGAAGAGCAUGCCUUGGAACCGGCGCCGGGGGUGGCCGACGUGUCCUUGUGGCCAGGGAUGGAGGGCAACGUUGUCAAACGCUCUGCCUACUCCGGCUACGGCUGCCCCCCGCGUGGAACUGUCACAAUCCCGGUGUUCACUACGACAACGAGGGAAGUCUUUAGAGAUGUCACUGUGACAGUAAUAGUAACAGAGAGCAUAAUCUCAGGACCCUGUCGCUGUGAAAUCUGCUCCUACUCACCCUCAAACAACCCGUGUACUUGUCUGCCUGUGUCUGGUUGUGGUUCGGAGAUUCUGUAGUAGAAGAAAACAGCGAAGGAAAAGACAAGAAAACACAAAUAUACGUGUUUUCCAGCCCUGACGAAGUAGUUUAGCAAAUAUGCUUUAAGGAAUCGUAUCAUUUUUUUUUUCUGUUCCGUUGUUUUAUUUGUAUUUCGCUCAGCAAGAAUCCAAACCCAAAACAAAUGUAAAGGGCAUGUGUCACGAGAGCAAAUGAUCGAGUACUUUGUAAAACAUUUUACGUGUUUUUUCUGUACUUUCUAAAAGCCUGUAUUAGUGUGAAAAUAUGGAGCGUGGCAUUUAACAUGUACUCUGUACAAUUAUAGAAAUGCAUAGCUGAACUGUAAUUCUAUCGAAAUUAUUUAACCAUGAUAGUCCAACCACAAGGAGGUUCUCAACUAAUCAUCAAAAUUAUAAUAACGAAUUAUGAAAUGAAAGUCAGUGAUGAGUAUCAAAAUUAAUUAAAUAAAAUUGGUUAUAAUUUCAUCAAAACAUUUUGAAGUCAGCCUAGAUGCGCGGUCGUGCGAAAGGAAAGUACUCAAAUAUUUGCCUUCGUGUGAUAUUCCCUAUUAGCUGGUGAGUGCAAAUCUUGUAGGAUUUUCCUUAUAUCCCUAACGUAGGCGUGCGUGUAUUUGACGUCAUUUUAUACAGGCACAAGUUAUAGCAUUAAAUUACCGGUUGUUACUGAUCAUGAAGAAAUUCUUUGACAGAAAAUUUGAUUUUGGGAUUUCUGUGGUGUUACCGUUUUGAUGUUAUUACUAUUCUUUUUUUCUUGGAACUGUAACCAAUAAAUUUUGAAUGAGCA